AGUCCCUUGGCUUGUGUGUGUGUGGGUGAGGGAGUGUGUGCCUCCUGCCUCUGAGCCCCCCCCCUUUCACCCCUUCUUCUUCUUCUUCUUCUUGACGAUGCGUGUGCGCGUCUUAUGUUACAGCAAUGCUGCCUCGCACACCAGUGGCCAGAAGAGAGGGGCGAAGGGAGGAAAAGCCUGUUUACACAGACUGCAAACCGCCUGGGGAAUAAUGCAGGAAAGGAAGUGAGCCGGCUCGCUGUCUGACUGCUCCAACUUCCUGCGCUCUCUCUUUCUCUCUCUCUCUCUCUCUCUCUGGAAGAGAAAAGAGCCAAAGGGGGAGAAAAAGAAACCCCAACAAACCAGGAUCUCAUUGCUGAGGACUGUCAGCAUGGCAACGAAGGGGAUUUUACCCAGCUCCCUUUAAAGACGGCGAGGAGAGAAGAAGCCCACCAGAGUUUGGGAAACUUAUCAGGAACCAAUAGCCAAUGGCUCAGGGACCAGUACUAGUUUGUAGACUACCACUCUGAGUAGUGUUGCACUAAAGGAAAAAGCAUGGAGAGUGCAAUCACACUGUGGCAGUUCCUGUUGCAGUUGCUUCUUGACCAGAAACAUGAGCAUCUGAUUUGCUGGACAUCCAAUGACGGUGAAUUCAAGCUGCUUAAGGCAGAAGAAGUGGCAAAGUUGUGGGGACUCAGAAAAAACAAAACUAAUAUGAACUACGACAAGUUGAGCAGAGCUCUGAGAUACUAUUAUGAUAAGAACAUCAUCAAGAAGGUGAUUGGGCAGAAGUUUGUGUACAAGUUUGUGUCGUUCCCUGACAUUUUAAAGAUGGAUCCUCAUGCUGUGGAGAUCAGCAGGGAGAGCCUUUUGCUGCAGGACAGCGACUGCAAUAUACCUCUGGAGAACAGAGAACAACACAAGCAUGGGCUGUCAGUCCUGAAAAGCACAAGCCGUAAUGAAUAUAUCCAUUCAGGGCUGUAUUCUUCAUUCACCAUCAACUCCCUGCAAAACCAGCCAGAAAACCUCAAGCAAAUUAAAACAGAAAAGAUGGAGGAGAAAUUGGAAGAGACCACAACUCCCUUGGAAGAAGUCCGGACUGUCAUAAGAUUUGUGACCAACAAAACAGACAAGCAAGUCAUGAGGCCCAUAGUGUCGUUGCCAUCAACCUCUGAGGCUGCUGCUGCUUCGGCUUUUUUGGCAUCCUCUGUCUCUGCAAAAAUAUCAUCGUUAAUGUUGCCCAAUGCAGCCAGCAUCUCCUCAGCUUCACCGUCUUCCUCUCGGUCGCCAUCUCUGUCUCCUACUUCACCCCUCCCUUCAGAACACAGAAACAUCUUUUUGGAGUCCAGCUGCCAGGAUUCUGAUUCACUUGAGCCACUGAAUCUCUCAUCAGGAUCCAAAGUGAAAUCUCAUUCUCUUCCUCCAAAGGCUAAGAAACCCAAAGGUUUGGAGAUCUCAGCACCUCCAAUGGUUCUCUCAAGCACUGACCUCGGCUCUAUUGCCCUCAACAGUCCUGCCCUCCCUUCGGGAUCUCUGACUCCUGCUUUCUUCACUGCCCAGACCCCCAAUGGAUUGCUGUUGACCCCAAGUCCGCUGCUUUCUAGCAUUCACUUCUGGAGCAGCCUGAGUCCUGUUGCUCCUUUGAGUCCUGCCAGGCUGCAAGGACCCAACACCUUGUUCCAGUUCCCGACUUUGCUCAACGGCCACAUCCCAAUGCAAAUUCCCAGCUUGGAUCGGGCCUCUUCUCCAGUCCUCCUCUCUCCAAAUGCUCAUAAAUCCUGAUAUCUCAGCAAAUGAAGGACUCACUAACAAACUGGAUUAUUACACAGCCAUUCUGAUGAGUUUCAUUUUUCUGGCGAUGCCAGGAGGACAUGAUGAAACCCUUCCUUUUUUACUAUGGUUUGCACUUUUCAUUACAUGGAUGAUCUACUUGUAUGAUGUUUAUUUAGCAUUUUUAAACAGCGUUUUUUAGAAGAAUUCUGUUGUGCAUUAAAAUGAGUUAUAAUUUUUUAUAUUCUUGCUCUCUUAAGUGUUGAACACUGUUUCUUACUGAAGUACCUUUCUUCGUAGAUUUCAAAACAAUAUCUAAAGGAUGUGAAACUUUUUAAUCUUGUAUUUCUGCAUAUUAUGCAUCAUGCUUAUGUGUAAACUAUAACCGGCUGUGCCUUCUUUUGCAUAAUGUUAUAUAAAUGAUUUAUAUUUUUCCAGUAUUAAGAUGAAAGUUGAAAAGGACCCAACAACUCCCUUUGCUAGUAUUUCAGUAUUUCCCUUGCAGUAGGCCAUAUGGUGCCUUGUAUUAAUGUAAUUUUGAAUUAAGUGCUUUUCCAUUAUAUAAAGAUUCCUAAUUCCAUGAUGAAUUGAGAGGCCAUAAUGAAUGUUUUGGCCAGUAAGUGUGUUUAAGACUAGAACACUAUUUAGAUCUAGGUGCUUGAAUUCUUCUCUGAGUUAAGAGGAAAAUGGCUUUAAAAUAUUUAUAACAUAUUUUAAGGGCAUUAGAGGAUAUAACCUUACUCAGUUCCAUUCGUUUUCAUUUCAUUUCUUGGUCAGGUUGUUAGAAGAGAUAUACUGAUCAUGGUUUACUUCAUUGUACAGGUAAAGUUUCAAUGAGCUUUGUGAUUCGGACAGGAGCACAUGCGGUUCCACUUUUGCAGUGCGAAAACAUUUGUGUUGGGGAUGCUUUGAAUGCGAUUUUUCUGCUUCUUGGCAGCGGGUUGGAAUGGAUGGCCCACAAGGUCUCUUCCAACUCUAGGAUUCUAUGUGUGGUUUAAAAAAAUAGACACCAUGUAGAACUUGAUUUAACAACAAACAAACAAAACCUAGAUUUCUGAAGGCAGGCGGAAUAAGCUUGCCACUUUCUAGAAUGCCAUGAACUGAUUUCCUAAAAGUGAAACACAAAUGUAGGAUGAUAUAAGUGCAAGUGGUUUCAUGUUCCUCACCAGUAACUUGAAUGAAAUCCUAUCUCAUAUGUAUUUUAUGAACUUCUUGUAACUAAAUACAGAAAACAUUGAAGUAUUCCGACUUGUGCCAUUUUCUCACUGUUAACUGAAGAAUGGAUGUAAACUUCGAUGGGCUACUGCAUGUACAAUGUAAUGAAAUUUGGCUUGAAAAAAGCUGGUUCUGUUGACCUGGAAAAAUCUAGAGACUCUUAUCACUGUUAUGAUCGCUGAAGUGAUGAAUGUUUGGUCUUCUCGGCUGUAAAAUUGAAACCUCUGUGGGUAUUGAUGCUCUUGUUUUGAAUGAAACUGCAAAACAUCAUUUAUUCUCACUGUACUUUCCUUGCUUGAAGUCGUGAAGUCUACUCUCCUUGUUGGAACAUUUGUCAUUUGAAGGAGUUGAUUUUUCUCUACUCUAGCUUUUGUGGUAUUGUACAGUCUGCCUUACAUGUUUGUGGGUUUAACUUUGUGAAAUUCAUUAAAACGUUUUCGCUAGGAAUCUCUGUGUCCUCUCUAGGUCCUUCAGUGACAUUGGAAGUUGACAUAGAGUCACACUGAAAGACCUAGACAUUCAUAGAAUCAUAGAGUUUUGUUUUUUUGUCAUGUCAGGAGCAAGUUGCUUCUGGUGUGAGAGAAUAGGCCGUCUGCAAGGACGUUGCCCAGGGGACGCCUGGAUGAUUUGAUGUUUUUAUCAUCCUUGUAGGAGGCUUCUCUCAUGUCCCCACAUGAAGAGCUGGAGCUGAUAGAGGGAGCUCAUCCGCCUCUCCCUGGAUUUGAACCUGCGACCUGUCAGUCUUCAGUCCUGCCAGCACAGGGGUUGAACCCACUGCGCCAGCAGGGGCUCCAUAGAGUUGAAAGAGACCUCAUUGGCCAUCCAGUCCAACCCCCUGCCGACAAGCAGGAAAAUCACAUUCAAAGCACCCCUGGACGAGUGUUCAGUUUUUCAAUUUCAUGGGGGCCCCAUGCUCCUAAUCCCAGUGAAUGUGGGGGUCUGGCUGUAUAAGCGUAUAACAAUUACCUGCUAGCAUAUGUUCAGCACCCUCUUUCAGCCUUGCAGAAUGCUUCAAUUCAAAGAUAUCAGUUCAUGUACCUGAAAAAACACUCACUACUUGAAUAUAUUCCCUUCUCCUUCAUACAUAGAAUUCUACUGACAUAUUACUGGGAGUAUUUGGAAAGUAUAUAUUUUUCCAUCUUGAUCCAGAUUGUCGUUUUCCUUCCCAAUGUAUUUUAAAUUGUAGUCCUACAUUUAUUUUCAUACAGUGGAGUCAUAUUCUUCAAUCUAUAAUGGAACCAAAAAUGCUGUUACAAACAUGGAAUACAUAAAGUUGUUAAAACAGCCAUCUAGUUGUUAUAAUAUGCUUAAAUUAAUGAGGUAGCAUUGAACUUCGUAAAGGACCAAACAAAAGGAUCUCUGUAAAAAUAAAGACCAAACAUAAAAUCCAUCCUUUUCUGCCUCUGGUUUUUUAAAUCGAGAACUAUCUUAAGCCUUGGCAAUAUCAGCAGUAAAUUAGCUGCUUGCUGCACAGCCUUUAACAUACUAGGAAUUGUACUGGUAUGAAUGGUCUAUAGAGCUUAAUCUUUCCAAAAAGGAAAAACUGUAGAUCAGUUAUUCUAAAGCUCUGGGAAUUGUAUAUGGAAUAGUUUGUAAAUAAAUGAAUGGAUCACAUGAGCUAUGCAUUUAUGUACAUUAAAAAUCAACUAUAGAUAGAAAGCUAAACACAACGAAACACUGUGCAUCAAAAACUCUUGUGAAAAGAUGGUCCUUAGACUGAUUUCUGAAAGAAAUGUCACAAAUGAUAAACGCAAGGCUUCAUUCUUCAGUUUAAAUAUGUGUACAUCAAAUAGUGUAUGGAAUUUGGUGAGGUUCCUUCCCAUUCAAAUCAUCUGGGCUAUUUCUUUUAAGUAUUAACUAUAACCCAAUUCCUUUUGUACAACCCACCAAGGCUUACUAAAAUGUGUUUAUUUCUAAACAUACAUCUGUACAUUAAUACUAUCAUCAGCAUUAUCAUGUAAACUUUGUAAAGGUCAGGAAACAUGCCUAAUAACUCAGAGCCAUCCUUACUCUCUCAUUGUCUUUCUUCUAAUACUAACCCAGUGGUUGUCAACCUGUGGGUCCCCAAGUGUUUUGGUCUACAACUCCCAGAAAUCCCAGCCAGUUUACCAACUGUUAGGAUUUCUGGGAACUGAAGACCAAAACAUCUGGGGACCACGGGUUGAGAACCAUUGUACUAACCAGAUGAAGUCCUGCUUAGUUUAUUGACCUGCAUAAAUGUUUGGUUGCUCUUAAAGGCUACACCUCACCUUCUUAUCUUCUAAAGCUCAUGAUUAUUGUACUGAACUAGAGAGCUCAGAGAACUCACUUUUUGGUGUCCUACAAUUUUUUGGUCUAAAGUGUCACUGGGUGAAGGGAUAUAUACUAACUCAUUAGUAUCACAUUUUCUUUACCCAAUCUUACAGUAAAAUGUUAAAAGAUGGCAUAUGAACAGAUACAGAGCUUCAGACAAGGUCUACCACAAUGAUGCGUACGGGAAAACUGCCAGAGUGAAAAGUUGAGAGAGAUUUCAUUAUGUGGCAAGUGGUCUCAUUCAAGACUAAAUUGCUACUUGUGGAGCAGAAAUUCCUAACAAGUAGUUGUACCACUUGGUAAUACACUGCUAUUGUCUUUCCAUGUGCACCAUGUGACUGAGAAUAAAGGCGCAGUUUUCUCAACAUGCACUUCUUGAGUGAAAUAUCAAACUACACCAAAAGGCUGUGAUUAUUGCUUGAUUGUGUAAAGAUCAGGUUUCCUAGGGCUGGAGAGAAACAGGGCGUGGAAAUUACUUUUUGGAUUACAGGUCCCAGAUUCCCAAGCUACUAAAAUCAGGGGAUCCUAUAGUUGACCAAAUACACAACUUUCCCAACUUUUGAGAUAGACUGUGAAAGGAAACACGAGGAAGAGACGCAAAGACAUACUUCUGUAUAGGAAUGUGAAUGUAAUAUAACAUUCAUUGUUGAGACUGUUUUAAAAUAAAAAGCUGGAGUUCAUCCUCUCUCAGAGUAUUCAACUUCAUGCUGAAACAUGAAAGAAAAGAAAGUAACAAAAGUGAAUUGCAUGUAAGUUGAUGAUGCUUUCCACUAUUCCAAACUGCAGUUGUUUUCCUGCUGGAAAAUGGUGCAAAAUAAGCAUUUAUUGAUUACAAUAUUUUAAGAAUCUUAAUGAAUUAAAAUAUCUAUCUGAGCACAUGUUAACAUAUACUGUGGGUAAAAAAAAAGUCAAAGAUAUGGGGGGGAGGGGAAUGUUUAUAGUUACAAGUUCCAUUUCUUGGAUCUUUAAAGGCAUCCUUGUAGUUAGUUUGGAUUGAGCAAAGCAUUAACAGGCCAAAAUAUUCAUUCAACAAUAUUUCUUCUCCAGGACAUAGAUUCUCUAAAUCUGAGAAGUUCUGUGGUUUAUUUUAAUUGGUUAUUUUAAUUCACUCUUUGCAUUUGUAAACAUUGGAAUUAUCUUCAAGUUAUUUACUUAACCUACCUCACAGGGCUGUUGUGAGGAUCAGUGAUAUUUGUACAAUGCUUUAGAAAAAAAUAAAAAAAAAUUACAUACACAUA